AUGUGCUGGGAGUUCAAGGACGUAUUCACCGAUUGCCCUGUUGACUGCUCGAGAUGGAAGACGACUAAGGUGCAUCCUGCCUAUGGACAAAUUUGCCCUGACUUCGCAGUUACGAGACAGCAUUGCAAAAAUCCAAUUCAGGUCAUCCUUGGAGAAAAAGCAAGAAAGUGUCCGGACCAUCAGCCUUUUGGCCGGUACUGGAAUACGCAAGAGAAAAAUUCUAGUUCGCAGGUACAAGCUUCGGGCGUGAAUCCGGAUCCUGGGGGGCCUACAGAAACCCCAAACUCGAACAAUAACCAGCUUCAGUUUAGAUCACACCAGAACCCUCAUUCUGCUCACCAAACCGCAACGCAGACGAGUUUUCGAAGUGGAUUGCCGUCUAAUCUGUCGCCUCGACAGCAAAGGGGUGUCUGGCACAAUCAAGCUUCGAAUUUGAUAUAUCCAGAUAAUAACGGAGUCCCACCCUUGGGGACAUAUGAUCGUUCCUCCCUGUCACCUGACAGGCCGGACCCGGUGGUAGUCUCGUCCUCAACAAACCAGCAGACAAAUAGUCCACCGGAAAAUCCAGGCCACUGGUCAAUAUCUAAUCAUCCAAAUCAAGGACAUUCAAGUCAGGAAAAUCGUCGGAAUUCAGAGCCGUGGAGGGAUCUUGCAAAGGAUUGGGGUAGAAGGUCUUGA